AUGGGUACAUUAUCACUGUUGAUAAUCAACCCCUCAACAAUUGUGGUAUUGAUGAUUCUUUCAAUUGUUGGCUCAAUUGUGAGCUUUUUAAAUCUUGUUGCACUUUUAUUGGAAUUAGAUUUUGUACCGAGGGACUUUGCUGGAGUUUUGCCUGUAACAUCAAGAUUUCAGUUGGUUUUUUUUACGUGUAAAAGGGGCGGUGUGUUGAAAUUCCAAAGAGACUUGCUAUUAAAUGAAGGCAUAUAUGCUGGUAUGCGUGCUUUAAUGCUUGGAGGAAGGAUCAAGUAUUGCGAGUAUUUCCAGUGUGGUAAAGGUAGGGAUUUGAGUUUUUUGUUCUAUCUUAAACUUUACAACAAGAGUAGGUUCCGGAAUGAGUGA